CGAGACCAAACGGCCAUCGUAAGGCCUCAAACGCUACUAUAAAUAAUUUUUUUUAUAAACGACGAUAACUAAAAAAAAAGAAACCAAAUUUAAAAAUUUUCUGUGAACAUUAACAAGUGAAGUGUAAAAACGUUUUAAAUUAUGCCGAAUAAGAAAAAUAAAAACAAAAAGAAACAUAACCACCAUCAUCAUAAUAACCAACACCAGCAGAAACCUCAACAUUCCCAAAAUGGAAGUCAUGAAGACGAAGUGGAGGAACAGUUAAAAAAUCUAAAACUGGAUGAUAAGAAGCCAGAACAAGCCUAUCGAGUGGCUAUGUCAGAGAUCUAUGGCAGAUAUUUGGUAGCCAACAGAGAUAUCAAACCAGGGGAGGUGUUAAUAAGAGAGCCUGCAUUGGCCAUAGGACCUUGUGUCUCAGCAGAUCCGGUGUGUUUGGGAUGUUAUAUGCCGGUGUCAUUAAAAAUCACACAAUAUAGAUGUCCCUCCUGCCAUUGGCCCAUGUGUGGCCCCAAUUGCCGCGGCAAUAACCACCCAAAAGGUCAUACCUCUGCCGAAUGUGAUUUAUUCAAAAAAGAAAAUGCCGCUGCCCCCCUUACCCCCACAGCCUCUCCGGAGCAAGUGAAAAAUCUCUAUGAAUUAGUUUUAGUGGUACGCAUACUUUUGCUAAAGAAACUGCAUCCGGAGUUGUACGAACGCAUCAUGAUCAUGGAAUCCCAUUUGGAAAUGCGCAAAAAGAACUCCGAACUAUGGAGCCAUUAUGAAAGUAAUGUUGUGACAUAUUUACGCGAAAAAUGGCAUUUGGCCGAACAGUUCUCAACGGAAGAAAUCCAUACUGUCUGUGGCAUUUUGGAUGUCAAUUGUUUUGAAAUUGGUCAAAAUUUUGCCAAAGCUCGUACUUUAUAUCCCAGUGCUUUCCUAUUGGCUCACGAUUGUUGUCCCAAUACAGCGCACACAGAUGAUCCCGAGACUUAUGACAUUAUUUUAAGAACUUCCCGGAAUGUGCGCAAGGAUGAGACCAUUACACUGAGCUAUGCGUACACAUUGCAGGGCACUUUGAAACGCCGCGAGUUCAUGCAAGCUGGUAAAUUAUUUUGGUGCUGCUGCAAACGUUGCUCAGAUCCCUAUGAGUUGGGAACUGAUUGUAGUGCUAUUGUAUGUGCAAAAUGCAAGACGGGCUUGAUAAGGUCCAUUAAUCCAUUGGAGCAGGAAGGCGAAUGGAAAUGUGAUAAAUGUUCCUUUACUUUGACUUAUAAGGAGGUUGUUAAACUCUUGGAUAAGAUCAAUAAUGAUCUAGAGUCCAUAGAUCCCCAUGAUGUGCCAGGUUUAGAAAAUUUCAUAAAAAGAUAUUCCGGCAGUUUGGGACCCAAUCACUAUUUGCUGUUAUCCGCUAAAUAUUCUCUUUGCCAGUUAUAUGGCAAAAUUGAGGGCUAUCUGCUGCCCAAUUUGUCACUGGAGGAUCUUAAGAGAAAGCAGACAUAUUGCAGAGAUUUCCUAAAGGUGGUGGAUAUAUUGGAGCCCAAGUUGACCAGGUUAAGAGCCCUUAUCAUGUAUGAAUUGCAUGCCCCCUUGCUGGUGUUGGCCCAACAUUUAAUGAUGCAAAAGCUGAUUUCAUCUCGUGACUUUCAAAAGACCAUCAAAGAGGUCAUCUAUUUGCUGAAGGAAAGUUCCAUGAUUUUAAAAAUGGAGCCAGUGGGCUCCACCGAAUACCAAAUGGCCUUGGCGGCAGAGGAGGCACUGGAAAAAAUGGGAGGCUGAUGUUAGGAAAUCAGUGU